UAUCAUGGUACUCUUGUAAUGUACAAUGUAGGUACUGCACUACAUGUAUUACUAUUGCUCUACUAGUAUUGCUUUGCUAUGGUCACAGAUAUGUCAUAGAUGGCCCUUGAGUGACCGAAAAGUACUACUAGCUAGAAGGUCUACGUCUAAACCCUUUGCUGCACAGUACUGGCUACUGUACGAGUACCAUCGAGCCAGCCUUAUUAGAGGACAUGAAGAAAUCUUUCUCCUUCACCUUCACUUUAAACCAUUCAAAGGCUCUAAUAAAGAGAAGGUCAAAUUUGGUUUUAAAGAGUGUUGCUUCGCAUCUUCCCAAGAAUGUGAACUUGAAUGUGCUUCCCGAACGUGAUGAGCCGAGUCGAGUCAUUGAAGGAAGCAGCUGCAAAAGCACAGAUUCGAUUCGAACCGGCAAGUGACAGUCCAACAAGGUGGAUCCCUCCUUCCUCCUUCACAAUCAGUCCAAGUAAUUCUUAGUGAUCCCCACCCAAACAGAGCGACCAUGACACGAUCUCCCUUGGCAGCAUCCCAGAUGCACCACCACAACAAUCAGAGCCAUGAUACGGAAGAGGAAGACGAGGCGAACUUUGAUGACGAAGAUUUGGAAUCUCUGGUGCAUUCCAACAUUGACACGAGCGCACACCAGCAAGAUGACGACAAUGUGGUGGGAACCAAGAAUCUGCAAAAGGAAGAACGUGAGACUUUGGCACGCCGAGAAUCCCAAGCAGUCGGCUGCAUCCGCAUUGUCGUCUACUUGGUAGUCCUGAUGGUUGCCAUUUCCGUCUCUCUUGUGGUCUACUUUUAUACCAAAAGUGACCAACAGCAAGAUUUUGAAACACAGUUUGCUGCCUUCGCUGCCAAGGUGGCAGAAUCCUUCUAUGACUCGGUGGAACGCAAAAUGGGAGCCAUUGCUACCUUCUCCACGACCAUCACAUCCUAUGCUGUCAACACUGGGGCCACCUUUCCCAAUAUUACUGUUCCAGAUUUUGAGCUUCGAGGUGCUCAUACCCGCAUUCAGGCGGCAGGGGUCAUUCUAUACUUCUUCCCCUUGGUGCGGGACCAAGACAGGGCCGGUUGGGAGGAAUAUGCAGCCAACAACCGAAUGUGGAUCAGAUCUGCAUUCCUGAAAGAAUCCAAGUGGAAGGGUGCCCAAGAUGCCAAGUUUGGAUUGGGGAAAUUCGAACAAACUACUAGUACUACGCAAAGCAACCAACAAGAACAACAAGACAACAACAACAGAAACCGACGCUUGCAGGAGCAAGAACAGUUGGAGAAUGCCACUGUGCCUCCAGAGUUGCAGUUGCAGCCAUUGGAGAUGGAAGGUGGCUACAGCUAUCACAUCUUUGAAACGGGACGCACGCCAAGCGCUAUUGGAUCGGGACCCUUUCUGCCCAUCUGGCAGAUAUCGCCCGUCUUGCCAAUCGUCAAAUACCUGAACUAUGACAUGCUCAAUCAUACUGCUGUCCAAGACUCUUUGCAUGCUGCCGUUGACAGUGAAAAGCUGGUCAUGGGCCACGCCCAUGAUGUGCGGGAUCCCUCUCACAAGGAGGACGCCUCCACUGCCUUGUACAAUGCCUUUUUGCAGGUUGGACAGUAUCGUCAUGAUGUCCAAAAGUACGAAGGAGACCCUGCAACCAACAUUGUAUACCCAGUCUUUACCAAUUUCGGACCAAACAAAACCCUCGGAGGGGUCAUCAACACUUCCUUGUACUGGCGACUAAACUUCUUGGCUAUUCUGCCCGACACUGCCAAGGGGAUCAUGUGUGUGAUCACCAACACCAGAGGACAAGUCUUCACCUACAGAGUUGAUGGACCGAACGUGACGUUCCUUGGACCAGGGGACAGGCAUGAUCCCAAGUAUGAUUCCAUGGUUGUGUCAGAAGACGUCACAGAAAAGCUCUUGACUCGUGCUAGUCCUGAAAACCAAGGAUUUGAUGCUGCAGAGCUGGACACGGAAUACUGCCGAUACUACCUCCAUGUCUACCCUUCUGAGGACACAGAAGCAGAAUAUGUCAACAAUGAGCCUGUUUUGUAUACUGUCUUGGUGGCAUCUGUGUUCCUUUUCACUUCUCUUGUAUUCAUUCUCUACGAUUGGUUGGUUGCCCGGCGACAAAGGAUUGUCAUGGACCGGGCAGUCCAAUCCUCUGCGAUUGUGUCUAGUCUGUACCCCAAACAAGUGAGGGAUCGCCUCUUCAAGGAUGAUAAAAGCCAUGCUUCCAAUAGUCAUUCCGAUGCCUGGAAAGCAGGCGAGGGGAAGGAAGCUGAUGUAAAUGGCCUACUAGAGUAUGAUGAGAAGAAAUCCAAAUCUCUCGAUCGACCCAUUGCCGACACCUAUGAAGCGUGCACGGUUCUAUUUGCGGAUUUGGCUGGAUUCACCAAGUUUUCUGCCUCUCGAAAACCAGAAGAUGUCUUCUACCUUUUGGAAACCCUCUAUCAGGCCUUCGACAAGAUUGCCACGAGAAGGAAAGUCUUCAAAGUGGAAACGAUUGGUGAUUGUUACGUAGCCUGUACCGGUCUUCCCGAGGCUCAACCCAAUCAUGCUGUUAUCAUGGUUAAGUUUGCGAGAGACUGCUAUUCAAAGAUGUCUUUUCUGCUGCCAAUGUUAGCAGAGAAGUUGGGGCCUGAGGCUGCAACACUUUCGUUCCGAGUGGGUUUACACAGUGGUCCAGUGACAGGUGGCGUGCUUCGUGGCCAGAAAUCGCGUUUCCAGCUUUUUGGCGAUACAAUCAAUACUGCCUCCAGGAUGGAGAGCCUUGGGAUUGCUGGUAGGAUUCACAUGUCUCAGACAACAGCAGACGAAUUAAUUUCCAAGGGGUUUGGGAGAUGGGUUGUGCCCAGGGAAGACAAAGUGCAAGCCAAAGGCAAGGGAGAAAUGCAGACAUACUUUGCAAACAUCCUCGAUAAUGCGAGGAGUAUGAAAAGUACAGAUAUGUCCGUGUUGUCUUCGAGUAUGUCCAUCAGGAACUUUCUGUCCGACGAUCUCCCACGCAUGGGAGGCAUGGAGCAGAACCGCGACGGCAGCAACCUUAAUGGGAACGGCAGCAGUGCUCCUACUGCGUACAGCUCUUCCCCAGCCGAUGUUUUGCUUGGCGAGACGGACGAUGCUGCGAAGAAGGCAAUCGCUACUGAGAUUGAGAUAUGAUCAGCACGAGUUGAUUGUGGAGCAAAGCAAGAACGCAGCGGGCACGUGGUCGGAAGUGUAUGCCAGUGCACCAUACAUGUACUUGAAGUAACUUCUAAUCAGGCACUCUAUUUCCUGCGUGGAAAACGUCGGAGCAAUUAUAGAGAGGGCGUCAGUCUCUCUUGCCAUCUCCCA